AUGUCAUCAAAAAAGAGACUUCUCUAACUUUUUGGUUUACCAAAGGAUGAAAUCAUUUUUGAAGAUUUUAGUUGUGCUUGUUAGGAUGGAAUAUUAAAACAUGGAAGAAUGUUUAUAGCAGAAAAUUAUAUUUGCUUUUAUGCAACAGUUUUAGGAUUCAAAACUAAAAGAGUCAUCAAUGUAAAUGAAAUCUAAGAUAUUAAGAAAGAAGCAGUCCUAGGUUUUAUAAACAAUGCAAUUGAGAUAAAGACAAAAGACUAAAAAUCACACUUUUUCUGCUCUUUCUGGAAUAGAGAAUCAGCUUAUAAACUCCUCUAUGGUAUUUGGAAAGGAGAACCUCUCCAAGAUAUCGAUAAAGAAAACAGCUCAGAUAAAGAUGAUAAUAUAAGCGAAUAAGGCAGCCAAUCAGCUGGAGAUAGCUUAGUGGUUGAAUAAUCAGACGUUGAAAUUUUGAAUCCAGAGACAUCUGAAGAAAACAAAGAACUUUUAAGGUGUAUUCUCCCCGUUUCUGUUGAUGCAUUUUUUGAAAAGUUUAUUGGAGACAAUGCAAUUUUUUCUUAUGGUUAGCAUAUGGAAAAAAAUGGAUCAACUGAUAUAAAAAUUUCAGAAUGGGCUGAAAACGAAGAACUCAAAUGCUUUACAAGAGAGUGCAAUUUGGUAAUCAAAGUUUCAGGAGUGCCUCUAAGAGAUACAAGUAGAUUCCAAAAAAUUUAAACAUAUAAGAAAGAAGGGGAAAAUUUGAUCAUCUCAAGCACUAGUAAAGUAUUUGACGUGCCUUAUAGUGGGUAUUUUACCACUGAAGAGAAAUGGGAAAUAUCUCCUGUUGAAGGAAGUUCAGACAAGUGUUUAUUAGUGUGUAAAGGCUGGGUUACUUUUAAUAAAAAUACAAUGAUGAAGAAAACAAUUACACAAAGAAAUGAGCAAGGUUUGAAAGAAGAUUAUGAAGUCUGGAUAGGCAGGAUCAGGAAAAUUUUGUAGCCUAAAAAGCCUGAAGAAAACCCCAACAACUCAAAUAAGCAACAAUUUGAAUAAGUUCUAACUAAAAAUGAACUCAACUUAAACAAAAACAACCCUAAAGACAACCAAUCUAAAAAGGUUUCUAAACUUCAAAGUUCAGGAAAAAUUGUUGGUACUGAAGAUUUUAAGAGACUAAACUAGGGCAUAACUAUUUUAAUUGGCUUGAUUGGUAUGAUUAUCUUACUCAUAGCUCUAGACAUUAUCAUUUUCAAUAACAAUGUAAACAAGCUUGAUUUAAAAAUUGCUAAUCUUGAAAAAAUGGUUUUAAGUCUUACUUAAUAAUUAAUAAACUAAAAUCUUACAUCAUCAUCAACAAUAACAACCGAUUAUGCUAUUGGUUAAUAAAAUAACAUUAAUCAAGAAUUAUGA